UUGACUUUCAAUUGAUCAGGAUAUUACUAUUCAUGAACUUUUUCAGUUAUCUACUAAUUUUCAUUGUUCCAAUAAAGAAGUAACAUUAUGUCAAACAGACAACAUUCUUUUAAAAUAUUUGUUUUUAACUGAUUGAUGAUUGGUUUACAAUAUUGGUUUGAUUUCUGUCAUACAUCAGCAAGAAUUAACCAUAGGUGUACAUAUGUCCCCUCCUUCUUGAAUCUCCCUCUCACCUCCCGCCCAUUCCCACCACUCUUGGUUAUUAAACACCAAACACUAUUUUUAAAACUACUUACUUUAUCAUGAAACAGGUGUCUAAUGGUCUACUGAAAUGAGAACCAAACUUGAAUUUGCUCAUCUGCUAAAUGAGUGCUGUUUACUGAUCUCACACAUCACCCAGUUUAACUCUUCAAGGCUUCUUGUGAUUUUAUACCCCAUUUAUUAACUACUUAUGUAAAGUUUCCAUAGAGCACCAUCCUUGACAUUAAACAGCCACAGAGAUGAAGAACCAAAAGGAAAACUACUCAGAACCGAGUCUGGUUAAGGACAGCAGGAGACAGCAAAUGAGAGAUUCACCAUCAGCUCGAGAGAAGCUCAUUAUUGUGAUCCUGGGAAUCAUCUGUUUUGUCUUGAUGUAUACUAUAGUGAGAGUGACAACUUUUAUUCCACGUAACCAAAUAUCAGAACAGAAUAAGUCCUCUCCAGUAACAAAGCUCCAGAAAGAAUUUCAUUGUGGUUGUUGUCCAAAAGAGUGGUUUACAUAUUCCAACAAUUGCUAUUCUAUUAGUUUCGAAAAAGAAACAUUGAAUGGGAGUUUGAUGUCCUGCUCUACUAAGAAUUCUACUCUGCUUUACAUAGAUAAUGAAGAGGAAAUGAAAUUUCUGAUGUCCCUAUCAAUUACAUCGUGGAUUCCAGUCUUUCGUGAAGGUCGUGGUCAACCAUGGAUGUGGCUAAACGGUUCAACUUUCAAACUAAAUAUAACAGACUAUAUACGUGAUGAACGUAAGUGUGCUGUACUAUCCUCAUGGGGCAUAAAAGCAGAAGACUGUCAGACUCCAAAUGCAUAUAAUUGCAAGCAUAAGCUUGAGAAUUAAAAAGUAUUGAACUUGGGCCAUCAGCAGUGAAAGCAUGGAGUCUUUACCACUGAACCACCUGGAAAUUCCCCCUUUUCAAUUUUUUUCAAGAGUUUUUUAUCCAUUUUAUUAAAUAUAUUCAAUAAGAAUACAUUUGGUCUUGUUGUUUCUCCAUAUUGCAACUUUGUCCUUUGUUUUGAUUUUGCACUAAUUAUUGCUUUCUUCCUUCUACUUCAUUUGGUUUUAAUUUCACCUAAUUUUACCUUUUUCAUUUUUAAUUUCUUGCAUCACAAGCUUGGAUUUCUACUUUGUUUCGUUUUAUUUCAUUUGUCAACUAAGCAUAUAAGGCAGUCAAUACUUCACAAGACAGACAUUUGGUUUUAUAUUUAUCUUGUAAUUCUUAUAAAUUGUUUGUACAUUCAUUCAUAUGCCUGGAGAAUCCCCAUGGACAGAGGAGCCUGGCGGGCUACAGUCCAUGGGGUCACGAAGAGUCAGACACGACGGAACAACUAAGCACAGCGCCCGCCUUUCAAGCGCCCAGUUGUCAACCUGUCUAGAGGCUAAUGCAGGGACACCACUACUGUAUGCUAUGUGAAUAUGCCUGGAAAUAUGAUUUAUGAUGUAUUUUUCAAGUUUUCUGUUUGCUCUUAGUUUCAUUGAUCUUUUAUAUUGCUUUUCUGUCUCUAUUUAUUUCCCCUUCAAUCUUUCUUAUUUCCUUCCAUUGAUUAAAUUUGGUCCUUGUUCUUCUUUUUGAGGUUCUGUGAAGUGGAAGAUCAAGUUGUUUAUGUGAUCUCCUUGUUUCUUCUUAAUGUUGGUGUUUCUUUUCACAUUCAUUGUGCAAAAUCUUUUAAG